AUGGCCGCCUCUGCGUCCUGCAUUUCUCUAGUGGUGCUCGUGGCUCUGGCCACGGCGGCGGCGGGGCAGCUGUCGCCGACGUUCUACGAUACGUCGUGCCCCAGGGCUCUGGCCACCAUCAAGAGCGGCGUCAUGGCCGCCGUGAGCAGCGACCCUCGGAUGGGCGCGUCACUGCUCCGGCUGCACUUCCACGACUGCUUCGUCCAAGGCUGCGACGCGUCUGUUCUGCUGUCUGGCAUGGAACAAAACGCUAUCCCGAACGCGGGGUCGCUGAGGGGCUUCGGCGUCAUCGACAGCAUCAAGACGCAGAUCGAGGCCAUCUGCAAUCAGACCGUCUCUUGCGCUGACAUCCUCACCGUCGCCGCCCGCGACUCCGUCGUCGCUCUCGGGGGGCCAUCAUGGACCGUCCCUUUGGGGAGAAGAGAUUCCAUAGAUGCAAACGAGGCGGAGGCAAACAGCGACCUUCCAGGCUUUAAUUCUAGCCGCUCAGAGCUCGAGGCGGCAUUCCUCAGGAAGGGCGGCCUCAAUACGGUCGACAUGGUGGCCCUAUCGGGCGCGCACACCAUCGGCCAGGCGCAGUGCUCAACCUUCCGGGCUCGGAUCUACGGCGGUGACACCAACAUCAACGCGGCCUAUGCGGCGUCGCUUAGGGCCAACUGCCCCCAAACAGUCGGCUCCGGUGACGGCAGCCUGGCGAACCUGGACACGACGACUCCCAACGCGUUCGACAACGCCUACUACACCAACCUCAUGUCACAGAGGGGGCUCCUGCACUCGGACCAGGUGCUGUUCAACAACGACACCACUGACAACACUGUCCGGAACUUCGCUUCGAACCCAGCGGCGUUCAGCAACGCCUUCACGACGGCCAUGAUCAAGAUGGGCAACAUCGCGCCGAAGACCGGGACGCAGGGCCAGAUCAGGCUCAGCUGCUCCAGGGUGAACUCAUAA